ACACACACACACACGCGACCAUAGUCGUUAGCCUCGCAUAUUAGUAUCAGGUUGACGAUUUCUCCGUGUAGCUUAUUCUCUAGCACUAAAAAUGAGCGACAAUGAUAAGGGCCGGGAGUCUCGCUCCGCUUCCAGGAGCGCGAGUCCCCGUGCCCCUGCGAAGUCGGCGAGUCGCACUCCAGCUCGUUCAAAAGAUGGAUCCCACCAUUCCCGUUCUAAGUCCUGGUCCCGCUCCAGGUCCAGAUCAGGCUCCCAUUCUAACCAUGGCUCUCAUAAGCACUACAGCCAUUCCCGGUCCCGCUCCAGGUCCGGCCGGCGCCGGUCCCGCAGCCGCUCCUACAGCGGAGAGCGCCGGCACAGGAGCCUCAGUCAUUCCCCCAUGUCUAAUCGCCGCAGGCACAUCGGCAAUCGGGCUAAUCCAGAUCCAAAUGCUUGCCUGGGAGUGUUUGGCCUGAGCCUGUACACCACAGAGAGGGACCUGAGGGACGUUUUCUCUAAAUACGGGAACCUGGCGGAUGUCAGCAUCGUGUACGACCAGCAGUCCAGGCGCUCCAGGGGCUUUGCUUUUGUUUACUUUGAGAACACAGCUGAUGCUAAAGAGGCAAAGGACCGAGCGAAUGGCAUGGAGCUGGACGGUCGAAGAAUCCGGGUGGAUUUCUCAAUCACAAAAAGACCUCACACCCCGACCCCGGGAAUCUACAUGGGACGUCCCACAUAUGGCGGUGGCGGCGGCGGCGGUCCUGGUGGUCCCCGGCGCUAUUCACGUGACUACGACCGCGGAUAUGACCGCGGAUAUGAUAGAGGCGGCUAUGAUCGCUAUGAUGACAGGGACUACUACCGAUCAUACAGACGAAGAUCUCCAUCACCAUACUACAGAGGAGCAUACAGAUCUCGGUCAAGAUCCCGGUCUUAUUCUCCUCGUCGAUAUUGAGCAGUUCAGGCAGACAAAAAUCCCUUAUUUCCAUGGACAGACGAGGAGUUUCUUCUAAAGAUUUGUUUGACUUUCUUGUAGAUAUGAUAUUCUUAAGGUGAUAUAUGACUUUCUUUAAUGUGGAGUUUCAUGGGAAAAUUUUGUACAAAGUCCUGAGAGAGCAGAACACCAGCACUGUAAGCUUAGCAAUGUACUGAUGUGAAAAGGGUUGGCAGAAAACCUUUUUCACCUGUUUCUGCCCCUGUAGGAGUUAUCCCUCUGCACAAUGUGAAACUUGGAAGAUGCCCGUCUGCUUAUUUCUCAGCUGGUUAGUUUAUUGUGUAAUUUGGAGCUUAACAAAUUAAAACUUGUAUAAAUCUUUGCAAUUCAUCAGGCACUGUUGUUCUCCAGAUAGUCACUGUUCCUGUCAGGACAUACUUUUUUUUUUUUUAACUUCAGAGAACAUUCAGUGUCUGGUCACGACAACAUCCUUCUGUUUAACAGACAAUUUUCUCAUUCAACUCCACACUAAAGAAACCAAACAGAUGACGAUGAUCACCAUUCUUCCUCUUGCUUAUCAAUAAUCAAUGAAAAUGGAAAAACACAUUUGAAGCCUUGUGUCCUUGUUUUAAAUUUUAAAUGUACAGGGCAGUGUUGUUCUAACUGGCAUGUUAAUUUAUGGGGUUUUGUUGUGUACAAACUGAGUGAGAAUUCAGCAAAAUUUAAACAAAUUAAAAGGGAAUAGUUUUUUUUUCCACCAA